GAUGCAGCUGCCCCACUGGUGACAGGCCGGGUGUUACCUGGGUGGGUGGAGCGGAAAGAGCCGGCCCCUUCUCCCCCGGUCCCCGGGAUUCCGUUCUCCCCGCAGUCAUCACUCCCCCGAUCCCCCGGAUUUCCUCCCCACCAGUGUACAGGCCGUGCGCAUGCGGGCACUGGAUGACGUACUUCCGUCGAUAUCAUGGCGGCUGGAGCUUCCCUUGUCUCAUACAGCAGCGGUUCAGAGUCUGAAAGCGAAGACUCUGAAUUAGUAAACCCGUGUUUAAAGCCUUUACCGCCCGGUUCUGGGAUACUACGAGUAGUGGACUCCGCGCCGGAGGUGGCAGUGAAGGAAAAUGUGGAUGUUGGCGUUCAUCUCGAUCCCUCCAUUAAAGAAGUACAAUUCAAUCCAACAUAUGACACCUUGUUUGCACCUGAGCUUGGACCCAACAAUCCAUUUAAAAGCCAGCAGAUGGCUGCUCCAAGGAACAUGCUUUCAGGAUAUGCCGAACCAACACACAUAAAUGACUUCAUGUUUGAACAGCAGAGAAGAACAUUUGCAACAUAUGGAUAUGCCUUAGACCCUUCACUAGACUUACAGCAAUCGUCCACAAAAUAUAUUGGCUCUGUUGAUGAGGCUGAAAAAAAUCAAGGUUUAACAGUGUUUGAGAGUGGCCAGAAAAAAAGUGAUAAGCGGAAAAAGUUGAAAGGAAGUGAUGCGGCUGACAUAGAUGGUUUCCUGGGUCCUUGGGCAAAAUACAUCGAUGAGAAAGAUGUUGCCAAACCAUCUGAGGAUGAGCAAAAGGAGCUUGAUGAGAUAACAGCGAAAAGGCAGAAGAGAGGCAAACAGGAAGACGAUAAGCCUGCGGAUGAGAAGACUAUUUUGCACGUUAAGGAAAUGUUUGACUAUCAAGGCAGAUCAUAUUUACACAUUCCUCAAGAUGUUGAUGUUAACCUGCGGUCUACUGAACUGCCUGAGAAAUGUUAUCUACCCAAGAAGCAAAUUCACGUUUGGUCCGGGCAUACAAAGGGUGUUAGUGCUGUAAGAUUAUUUCCCCUUUCUGGCCAUUUACUUCUGUCUUCUUCUAUGGAUUGCAAGAUUAAGCUUUGGGAAGUAUACAAUGAACGAAGAUGUUUACGAACAUUCAUAGGCCAUAGUAAAGCUGUUCGUGACAUUUGUUUCAACAAUGCUGGCACCCAAAUCCUAAGUGCAGCAUAUGACCGCUAUCUCAAAUUAUGGGACUCUGAAACAGGUCAGUGUAUAUCCAGGUUUACAAACAGAAAGGUGCCAUAUUGUGUUAAAUUCAAUCCGGAUGAAGAUAAACAAAAUCUGUUUGUGGCAGGAAUGUCUGAUAAAAAAAUUGUACAGUGGGAUAUUCGAAGUGGGGAGAUUGUCCAAGAAUAUGACAGGCAUCUGGGAGCUGUCAACACAAUAACUUUUGUUGAUGAGAACAGGCGUUUUGUAAGCACCUCCGAUGAUAAGAGCUUGAGAGUCUGGGAGUGGGACAUCCCUGUAGAUUUUAAGUACAUUGCAGAGCCAAGUAUGCACUCAAUGCCUGCAGUAACCUUAUCGCCAAAUGGUAAAUGGUUGGCUUGUCAGUCUAUGGAUAACCAGAUUCUUAUUUUCGGGGCACAAAACAGAUUCCGAUUAAAUAAAAAGAAAAUUUUCAAGGGACAUAUGGUGGCAGGUUAUGCUUGUCAGGUUGACUUUUCUCCAGACAUGAGCUAUGUGGUUUCUGGUGAUGCUGAUGGAAAGCUGAACAUCUGGGACUGGAAGACUACCAAACUCUACAGCAGGUUGAAGGCUCAUGAUAAAGUGUGUAUAGGAGCUGUAUGGCACCCUCAUGAAACAUCCAAAGUUAUCACCUGUGGAUGGGACGGCCUCAUCAAGCUAUGGGACUAAAUGUCAAGUGCCUGUGUGGGGCAAAUACAUAAAUAUUCUAUUUAAAGUAUUUUUUAACUUUGUAUUGGUGUUCUAGAAUGCUAGGGUGACAAUAAACAAGAAUUUAUUUUCUAUCCCUAAAGUUACUAAUGGACCCAGUUCUUCUAUUACUCCUAAUUUGGAAGCAUUUGCUCAUAUUUUAUUGUGUAAAUUCUUCAAAACACCAAGCCUGUGUGUCUCUGUGGCCUCGUGCAAGUUCUGCACACUUGUAUUGUGUCCAGGCGCAAAAUUUCUUUCACCAGCAGGUCUUAUGUUUUUUACAUCUGCAUCCCUGUUUAUGUGUAUAUGUAAGCUCAGACUUAAUAUGUGUACAGAUUUCUUUUAUUUUUAUGUGAUAAAUAAAACUGUAAAUUGGUCUUUUUUACAUUUUGACUUU